AUUUCACUAACCAUCGCAAAGAUAGGAAUGGCAAGCUCGACAACGUGAAGAGACAAAGGAAUUGCAUCAGUUACGCAAAGAAGAAGAUGAGGAAGAAGAAAGAAAGAUGGAUGAAUAUAGGGAAAUUGGCAUGCGACUGAAGGGAUACCCUGAAGAAGAUGUCAUAAAAGCACGGAAGUUGGUUUCAAGCUUUAUAUUAGCUGCGGAAGAAAUUGAAGAGAAAAUCGAGGAAGCUGCUGAGAAAGGAGAACUCAAUGAACUUGUUUUAAUGGUCAUAUGGAACCGGCUUGAUCUUGCCCGGCGUGAUGAGGAAAAGGAUGCUAUAAGAAGUCUGGAUCUGUUAUACAGAAGGGUUGAGACUGAGAUCUUGAGAAGAGAGGCUACCCCUGCAAUGAGACUACUCAACGAACUUUUGAUUAUGUAUGAUGGCUUUGACUUCAGUGAAUGGCUGAAGAAAUGUAAAAAGAUCAUGAUUGAUAUUUUUCCACGGGAGGAUCCAUUCAGUGUUCUCAUUCCACCAGGAUUUGAGUCUUUUGACAUUGAUAAGCUUGAAGGGCCCUUGCGACCGACCCUUGAAGACGAUGGUGCUCUAUUGAGGGUGGACUUCGUAAGGGAGGUGGAUGCAUUGCUACAAGAGGUUCGAGCCGAUCAAAGUGAAGUGGAAAAUGCAGCAGGAUUCGAUCCACAAUCUGUUGCAAAUAGAUUGAAGCAACAAGAGAAGCAACAAACAAUACGCCAAGUAGAAGCUCUAUUAGAUUUAGCAAUUGGUUUGACAUGGUAGCCUUCUUUUUAUUACAUUUUUCUUAUAGUAUAUAGUGUUGAUAUAAGAGUUUGUUAUGCACUAAGUUCGCAAUCAAUUAGCUUCAUUUUAUAACAUACAUUUUCCCCUUUCGAAAGGAUAUGAAACCAUAGCAUGUCAAUUUACUGGUAGAAGUUUUAAACAAAAAGUAAGAAUUGAAUGGUUAGAUC